GGCGGGGGCCGGGCCGCUCCGGUCGAGCUGAACCCAAUAAAGGCGCCGCCAUGGGGGACCGGGCCCGGGGCGAGCCGUCUCCCGCCUCACGUGACCGGCCCGCCUCACGUGACCGGCCCGCCUCACGUGACCGCGCAGCGCGCAGGCGCGGCGGGGAGCGGUUCCGGCGGUAUCGGCAUCAUGUCGGCGCUGGGGGCGGUGGAGGCGGCGCGGGGGUCCCGGGGGUCCCUGUUCCGGCCCCUCAGCGCCGAGGACGGCGAGCAGCGCCCGGCCGAGAUCGAGUCUCUGUGCAUGAACUGCUUCCGAAACGAUCCCCUUCUUCAAAGAGAUCAUCGUCAGCUCCUUCGCCUGCGACAGCUGCUCCUGGUCCAACACGGAGAUCCAGUCCGCGGGCAGGAUCCAGGAGCAGGGCGUGCGCUACACCCUGGCCGUCACCUCCCGCCAGGCGCUGCGUGCCCCGGUGUGGCUGCUUUGCGUGGGGCAUCCCGGGCCUGUCGGGGAUCCUGACGCUGCUCCUCGACUGUCGUGUGCAGGACAUGAACCGGGAGGUAGUGAAGACCGACUGUGCCACGGCUCAAAUACCAGAGCUGGACUUUGAGAUCCCUGCUUUCACCCAGAAGGGAGUCCUUACCACCAUUGAAGGGAUAAUUGACAGAGCUGUCGCGGGCCUGGAGCAGGACCAGCCCGUCCGCAGGGCGACGGACGAGGAGGUGGCAAGUAAAAUCGAUGAGUUCAUCAGUAAACUGAAGCAGCUGAAAGAAGUACAUUCCUCCUUCACCUUUAUCAUAGACGAUCCUUCAGGGAACAGCUUUGUGGAGAACCCUCACGCGCCACAGAAGGAUGACGCUCUUGUGGUCACUCGCUACAGGAGGACUCCGCAGCAGGCUGCCAUGCUGGGGCUGGAGGGAGAGGAGUUGGAUGAGAAGGCGGCCGAUCCCGCGGAGGAUCUGAGGAAUGAGGUACUGCAGUUCAACACCAACUGCCCCGAGUGCAACGCCCCAGCUAACACAAACAUGAAGCUAGUGCAAAUCCCACACUUCAAGGAAGUGAUUAUCAUGGCCACAAACUGCGACUCCUGUGGGCACAGGACAAAUGAGGUGAAGUCUGGAGGAGCAAUCGAACCACAGGGCACCAGGAUUACCCUUAGGAUUACAGACCCUUCGGAUAUGACGAGGGACAUCCUCAAGUCGGAGACGUGCAGCGUGGAGAUCCCAGAGCUGGAGUUUGAGCUGGGGAUGGGAGCGCUGGGGGGGAAGUUCACCACGCUGGAAGGGCUGCUGAAGGACAUCAGAGAGCUGGUUGAGAGAAACCCCUUCACUCUGGGGGACAGCUCUACGCCCAGCAAAACGGAGAAGCUGCAAGAGUUCAUUGGAAAACUGUGCGAGAUCACAGAGGGAAAGAGAAAAGCUCACUUCAUCAUGGAUGACCCUGUGGGCAACAGCUAUCUUCAGAACGUGUACGCCCCAGAGGAGGACCCGGAGCUGAAGGUGGAGCGCUACGAGCGCACAUUUGAGCAGAACGAAGAGCUGGGCCUGAACGACAUGCGGACGGAGGGCUACGAGUCCCAGGGAGCCCCUGGCCGGUAGCUGGGCACGGCCGGAGCCCUUCAGCCUCCUCCCCUGCUAACUCCGGGGACCAGGACCGGUUCGGGGCCGGGGUCCCUCUCCCCUUCCCCACGGCGCGUACGGCUGGUGUGUCGGGGGGAGCGCCGGGUCUGGGGGCUGCGCCCCAAUAAAAGGUUUUGAACGGAG